GGCGAGGCGCUCGGCUCGGGAUUCUGGGGCGCUUUGCUCCCGACUCCGCGGCGCAGACUGCACCUCGCAGUCUCCCCAGCUCCGCGCAGCAGCCGCACUCCAGCCAGAAUACUGGGAUCUUCAGUGGCAGAAGAAGGAGUCAUCAGAAGAUCGAGAUGAGUUUUAACACUAUUUUGGAGGAGAUUCUUAUUAAAAGGUCACAGCAGAAAAAGAAGACAUCACCCUUAAACUACAAAGAGCGACUUUUCGUACUUACAAAAUCCAUGCUAACCUACUAUGAGGGUCGGGCAGAGAAGAAAUACAGAAAGGGGUUUAUUGAUGUUUCAAAAAUCAAAUGUGUGGAAAUAGUGAAGAAUGAUGAUGGUGUCAUUCCCUGUCAAAAUAAAUAUCCAUUUCAGGUUGUUCAUGAUGCUAACACACUUUACAUUUUUGCACCUAGUCCACAAAGCAGGGACCUGUGGGUGAAGAAGUUAAAAGAAGAAAUAAAGAACAACAACAAUAUUAUGAUUAAAUAUCAUCCUAAAUUCUGGACAGAUGGAAGUUAUCAGUGUUGUAGACAAACUGAAAAAUUAGCACCUGGAUGUGAAAAAUACAAUCUUUUUGAGAGUAGCAUAAGAAAAGCAUUACCUCCAGCACCAGAAACAAAGAAGCGAAGGCCUCCCCCACCAAUUCCAUUGGAAGAAGAAGAUAGUAGUGAAGAUAUCGUUGUAGCCAUGUAUGAUUUCCAAGCAACAGAAGGACAUGAUCUCAGAUUAGAGAGAGGUCAAGAAUAUCUCAUUUUAGAAAAGAAUGAUAUUCAUUGGUGGAGAGCAAGAGAUAAAUAUGGGAAUGAAGGAUAUAUCCCAAGUAAUUAUGUAACGGGAAAGAAAUCAAACAACUUAGAUCAAUAUGAAUGGUAUUGUAGAAAUAUGAAUAGAAGCAAGGCAGAGCAACUCCUCCGAAGUGAAGAUAAAGAAGGUGGUUUUAUGGUAAGGGAUUCUAGUCAACCAGGCUUGUACACAGUCUCCCUUUAUACCAAGUUUGGAGGAGAAGGUUCAUCGGGUUUUAGGCAUUAUCAUAUAAAGGAAACAACAACAUCUCCAAAGAAGUAUUACCUAGCAGAAAAACAUGCUUUUGGUUCCAUUCCUGAGAUUAUUGAAUAUCAUAAGCACAAUGCAGCAGGACUUGCCACCCGGCUUCGGUACCCAGUUAGUGUGAAAGGGAAGAAUGCACCCACCACUGCAGGAUUCAGCUAUGAGAAAUGGGAGAUUAAUCCUUCAGAACUGACCUUUAUGAGAGAAUUGGGAAGUGGACUGUUUGGAGUGGUGAGGCUUGGCAAAUGGCGAGCCCAGUACAAAGUCGCAAUCAAAGCUAUUCGGGAAGGUGCAAUGUGCGAGGAGGACUUUAUAGAAGAAGCUAAAGUGAUGAUGAAACUGACACACCCGAAGUUAGUGCAGCUUUAUGGUGUGUGCACCCAGCAGAAACCAAUAUACAUUGUUACCGAAUUCAUGGAAAGGGGCUGCCUUCUGAAUUUCCUCCGACAGAGACAAGGUCAUUUCAGUAGAGACGUGCUGCUGAGCAUGUGUCAGGAUGUGUGUGAAGGGAUGGAGUAUCUGGAGAGAAACAGCUUCAUCCACAGAGAUCUGGCUGCCAGAAAUUGUCUAGUAAGUGAAGUGGGAGUUGUAAAAGUAUCUGAUUUUGGAAUGGCCAGGUAUGUUCUGGAUGAUCAGUACACAAGUUCUUCCGGUGCUAAAUUUCCUGUGAAGUGGUGUCCACCUGAAGUGUUUAAUUACAGCCGCUUCAGCAGCAAAUCCGACGUCUGGUCAUUUGGUGUUUUAAUGUGGGAAAUAUUCACAGAAGGCAGAAUGCCCUUUGAAAAAUACACCAAUUAUGAAGUGGUAACCAUGGUUACUCGAGGGCACCGACUCUACCAGCCAAAGUUGGCGUCCGCCUAUGUAUACGAGGUGAUGCUGAGAUGUUGGCAGGAGAAACCAGAGGGAAGGCCUUCUUUUGAAGAUCUGCUGCGCACGAUAGAUGAACUAGUUGAAUGUGAAGAAACUUUUGGAAGAUAAGUGAUGCGACCAGCACCUCCCAAGCAGAAGGAUGGGCAUUUUAUGGCUUUUAAUUUAUUGAGUACUUGGACAUGUGGAUCGUUUUACUUAUAAAGUGGAAACACAUAAAGAAUUUGCUUCUGGAUCAGCCUCCGUCUAGACUUGCUUCUAGACGGAAUCUCCCAGAGUGUGGAAAUGUUGCCUUAGAGAUGGUGAUUAAAAUCACUCAUUUCUAUUCUCCUCAGGCACUCGAGUGACAACUGUGUACCAGGCACUGUGUACAGCCCCAGGGUUUGGCCAUUUAGGGGUACACACAUGGGAUCAUGUUAGUUGAUGCCAGUUGAAGGCCAGGUAUUUGGGAAGAGGAAGGGUAUUAGAGCCAUGACCCAGUAACUCUUCUUUUUCCCUUUGACUUCUGCAGAAAUCUGGGCCUGAGACAUUGUCUACAGUUGGGUUCUAGAUAAACCAGGAACCCACCUUGGAUAAACACCCAUCUUUUGUUUUGAAAACAUCUCAGUUUUCAAGACUGCUCUUAGUAUUACAUGAAAAAUAUUUGUAUGCUGUAUAUAUUAUAAAUAUAUGUAAUAUAUAAAGUUAUAUAUUUAUAAGAAACACGA